AUGGAGCUUCAUUUCUGCCUAAUUUUGCCAGCGAUUUCAAUUUUUGCUGAGAGAAUCAGAGAGGACUCUGGGUUAAUGGCAACAGUGACAAAGGAAUUAAAUACCACACUCCCAGAUCACUUUCAAUGGAUUCGCGUGGGUUCGCGUUCCGUUGAGUUGGGAUGGGAUGCCAUCGGUUUAGCAAAUCUCCACGCAGACCAAAUUAAACUAAGUGCGUACUUUUAUUCAACCUCUGUCAUCUACAAGUACAAAGCUGUUCCUAUCUUAAGUGAGAAGCUCACUCUUGAUGGACUGGAGCCCAGUACACUCUAUGAAGUGGUUGUGCAAGCACUUAAAGGGGAUUCCGAAGCGUAUAAAUAUACUGGAUAUAUUAAGACAUUGGCCCCAGGGGAAGAUGGAGCCGAAAGAACUAGCGGAUUUGCCUUGAUUUUUAUAAUUGCUGGGCUCCUAUUACUUUUUUGA